GAAGCCCCCGUUUCUCCCAUUUGUGGGUCUGGCUCGCCCGAGCGCAGACAACAAAAGCAGACUUGGAUUGUCUCUGUCUCUCUGCAUCCACACCCUGUCCACACUGCACACAAUUUGGUUUGUUUGAUCUUCAAUUCUGAUCAAUUAACUGAAGCAUGUUCCAAGAUAAAGAGCUGGAUUUCGGCCAUUUUGACGAAAGGGACAAGACACGUUACUCAAAGGGUUCAAGGAUGAAUGGUUUACCAAGCCCCACACACAGUGCUCAUUGCAGUUUCUACCGCACCCGAACCUUGCAGGCCCUUACCACUGAGAAGAAAGCCAAGAAGGUCCGCUUCUAUCGUAAUGGGGAUCGGUACUUCAAGGGCAUUGUGUAUGCAAUAUCUGCAGAUCGCUUCCGUUCCUUUGACGCUCUGCUGGCAGACCUGACCCGAACCUUGUCUGAUAAUGUGAACCUCCCACAGGGAGUUCGCAUUAUCUUUUCCAUUGAUGGGCUUGGGAAGAUUACCAGCCUUGAUGAACUGGAGGAAGGAGAGAGUUAUGUUUGCUCAUCUCAUGACAUCUUCAAAAAGGUGGAUUACACCAAAAAUGUAAAUCCCAAUUGGUCUGUGAACGUCAAAGCCUCUGCUACCCAGAAAGUACCACAGUCUCUGGCCAGUGCCAAGCACAUGACUGAGGUCAAAGAAACCAAGGACUUUGUUCGCCCAAAACUCGUGACUGUCAUACGGAGUGGAGUCAAACCACGGAAAGCAGUGAGAGUUCUGCUCAACAAGAAAACAGCACACUCCUUUGAGCAAGUUCUUACUGACAUCACUGAGGCCAUCAAGCUGGAGACUGGGGUAGUGAAGAAGUUAUACACCUUGGAUGGCAAGCAGGUGUCAUGCCUACAAGACUUUUUUGGGGAUGAUGAUGUGUUCAUUGCUUGUGGCCCAGAAAAGUUCCGAUAUGCCCAAGACGAUUUUUCACUGGAUGAAAACGAGGUGCACAGAAGUCGGACGCUGGGAGGUUUUGAUGUUGAAUGUCGUGUGGUGAAGACAAACCCUGGAGGCAAAUCAACUAAUGCCUCACAAAGGUCCACAGGCAAGAGCUCUGGAGCUUCACGUCGCAGUAAGUCUCCUGCAGACUCUGCUAAUGGAACCUCUAGCAGCCAGCUCUCCACUCCCAAGUCCAAUAAGUCUCCAGUCUCAACACCCAUUUCGACACCAACCAGCCCAGGCUGCCUUCGCAAGCACAAGGAUCUGUAUCUGCCGCUUUCUCUGGAUGACUCAGACUCACUGGGUGACUCGAUGUGAGCCAGAUGAGUGAUGGAAGGCUGGAAUUCGCCAUCUGAACCAGUGAGACUUGGAAAAGGAAUUCUGCCCAGUUUGCAGAGGUUAUUGAUCUUGGUGUUCACUAAUUGCCAAGUGGCACCAAAACAAAAUUGCCCUGUUUUUAACAGUUUGUCCUUCUCAUGAGAAACCUAGUAUCUUGGAAUAUCACUGCCUUUUUCUAAACAUCAGAUAUGAAGCACUGUGAGAAUAUUUCAUAAUAACACAAGCAGGUCUCUUGUACGUCACUUGUUCUUUGAAAUUUAUGGUCCCUGGUUUUGUUUUUUCAAUGGUGCUGUGUGAUUUUCCAUUUCUCUUUGAUAUUUGAUGUG